CUAAAAACUCAUGGAAGGAUACAUACCGGCGAGAAACCCUUUAGAUGUAAUGUCUGUGAUAAAACAUUUGGUCGACAGUUUUACCUCAAGAUUCAUGAACGCAUACAUACUGGAGAGAAACCCUUUAAAUGCAAUUUCUGUGAAAAAACAUUUAGUCAACAAAGUUACAUCAAAGUUCAUGAAAGGGUGCAUACCGGAGAGAAACCUUUUAAAUGCGAUAUCUGCGAAAAAACAUUUGGUCGCCAGUUUUACCUCAAGAUUCAUGAACGCAUACAUACUGGAGGAAAACCUUUUAAUUGUGACGUUUGUGAAAGAACAUUCAGCCAACAGUCUUCUCUUAAGACUCAUAAAAGGAUACAUACCGGCGAGAAACUUUUUAGAUGUAAUUUCUGUGAAAAAUGUUUUAAUAAACAAUCUUACCUCAAAACUCAUAAAAGGACACAUACUGGCGAGAAACCUUUUAGAUGCAAUGUGUGUGAAAGAACAUUCAGCCAACAGUCUUCUCUCAAGACUCAUGAGAGAACACAUACCGGAGAAACACUUUUUAGAUGCAAUGUCUGUGAAAAAAAAUUCAUUCAAAAAUCUAAUCUCAAAAAACAUGAAAGGAUACAUACCGGUGAGAAACCAUUUAGAUGCGAUUUCUGUGCAAAGACAUUCUGUCAACAAUGUGAUCUCAAGAAACAUAAAAGGACACAUACUGGCGAGAAACCUUUUAGAUGCAAUGUGUGUGAAAGAACAUUCAGCCAACAGUCUUCUCUUAAGACUCAUAAAAGGAUACAUACUGAAGAGAAACCUUUUAGAUGCAAUGUGUGUGAAAGAACAUUCAGCCAACAGUCUUCUCUUAAGACUCAUAAAAGGAUACAUACCGGCGAGAAACCCUUUAGAUGUAAUGUCUGUGAAAAAUGUUUUAAUACACAACCUUCCCUCAAAACUCAUGAACGCAUACAUAUUGGUGGGGUACGUUAUGAAUGCUCCGUCUGUAAAAAAUCGUAUGGUCACCAAAAUACUCUAAAAAAACAUCAAGCAAAAGCACACGACUAAAACCUCAUAUACCUUUCGUGACUAUUUGACAGUUUUAAAAUAGUUUUGGUAACAAUUUUUCAUUAUUUUGCUCUUUAUUUAACCUACAAUUUAAUAUGAAUUAAUGAUAUACGAGUAUAUUUACCAAUUUUUUUUAUAGUUUUUUAAUGUUUACUAUCGUUUAACUGAUCAUUACUUUGACGUUUUCUAUUUGACUUAUAAUUCUUUUCACAGACUAUAUACAUUUUUAGUGUUAACAUUUUGAUAAUAUAAUUCCUUAGUUCCAUAAUUUAC